AACAAACACAUGUAGCGGACCGCGUCGUCCAAAUUCAACAAGAAUUUCGACUCGGAGUUGGAACGCCUACGAUGGAACGUCUACGGCCUUUGACCGAGCUCGCGUUGAUUCUGAUCCUGGCCUCUCAUUCAAAAGGCGAAACGUGGGGUUUGAAAGUCGACCGACGCAUCACUGCAGAGAAAGGCAAAAGUGUGAUCGUACCGUGUACGUUCAGCUACCCGCCCGAGCACCACGCAGACGACCUUCAGCUCUUCUGGAAACUCCCCAAAAGGAGCGCGUUUAAUACUUACGACAACGACCAGAACGCGUUUUUCUACCACCCCAAUCACACAUUUGUGGUGAAGAAGUACCAAGGAAAGACGACGAUGUCCGGAAAUGGAAACGACAGGAAUUGCACCCUCGGGAUUUCCAGUUUAUUAGACGAUCAGCUGGUUAUUUACUUCAGGAUUGUCGGAAAGGAGAAGUACAGUUUUUGGGACCAAAGAGUCACUAUAUCUGCACGUGGCCAAGAUGCGGCCACGGUCUUGGUUCAUCCAGAUGCGAUUCUCCCAACGACACCCACUCCAGUAGAUCCACAAAAUCUGAUGAACAGGAAGCGGUUACAAACGAUCUACACUGCCGUUUUUGUCCCCCUUGCAGCGGUUGUGAUCCUUCUUGCCGCCGGAUUACUCGUUUGGAAAAAGCACGCGAGGUCGCAAUCGUUAAUGAGGGAGGGGUCUGGAUAUUAUGCAAACUUCAGCAGAGGGUUGCCAAAACAAGCCACGAGAAAAGAAAAUGAACAAGACAACAAAAGUCUUCCCGCCGGGAAGGUCGUGGAGGAACCUAUUUAUAUUAACGUGCAGGCAGCAAGCCAGAUGGGCGCAGAUAUGGCUCGAGGAGAGCGUCACAAAGAAAAUAUCUAUGAAAACGUUGUUCACGCAAAAUGAAACACGAGCUUGUUGACGUCCGCCAGCCAAAGAACGCAGCUACUCAGACGCGGCUGAUCAAUAAACAAGGUGGCUGCCCGCGCAUUUGUGAGCAAACAAAUACGUGACGCGUGUUUGUUUUGAAAAAAAAAAAAAAAAUGGGACCGUUGGGUAGCUGUGAGGUAAGGCAGAGGUCAAACUCAUUUUUCCCGCGGGCCACGCUGUUGUUCCGGUUUUCCCUCGGGGGGGCCGUUAUGAAUGUGGAAGAAAAAUAUUUCAUCAUCUCGUCGUCACAUUUACAUCGACAAUUUAUGAACAUGUUUUGGAAUCAGAAAUCAAGAGGGGAAAACGCGCUUCGGAUUUCUCUAUCUAACCGUUUGAAAUUUUGGUCCAAAUUUUUACAAUAAUCACGGAAUUGAUUUGGCUUUGCGGGCCACAUAAAAUCAUGUGGCGGGCCGGAUCUGGCCCCCGGGCCUUCAUUUUGACACCUGUGACAUAAGGUAUCAUUCAAGACCUUUUUUUGUGUGUUGCGCGGCCGCACUGAAUUCUCGAUGUCCGUCCGUCCGUUUUCCAAGCUGCUUAUCCUCACAAGGGUCUCUAGAAUGCUGGAGCCUAUACGUAGUACGAAUACCAUUUGUGGUACGCGGGCUCCCACUAGUGAUAAGCAAAAGAAUCCCUGAAUUACUAGUAGACUAGUAGAAAACUAGUAGAAUUUGUCAUCUGGAAGAAGAAAAUGGAAGUUUUGUAGCUAUGAAUAAUGCCUGUGCAUUUUUUCAUAUUUUUGUUUAGUACACUCCCGCGACCCUCGUGAGGAUAAGUGGCUAAGAAAAUGGAUGGAUGUUGGGUACACUUCAGUUCUAUUUAACUUUGAAGUAUAAUACGCUUGCUUGCUUACCUCCGGAGGGAGGACUGGAGGUGGGGUUGAAAGGCGAGCGCCUGGUGGACGAGUCUGCACCAAAGGGGCCCGACCGGGCAGAGUCCCAAAGGGACACGU